GUGAGCGUCUGGGCAGCCGCGCGCUGCUGGACACCAGCCGCUGCCAGCUUUCCUGAGCGCGCGGCAUGAACCGCAAGAAGUUGCAGAAGUUGACGGACACCUUAACUAAAAACUGCAAACAUUUUAAUAAAUUUGAAGUGAAAUGUCUUAUAAAUCUUUUUUAUAAAUUGAUGGGAGAUGUAACAAAGCGGCAAGGUGCGGUCACUGGACUGGAUCGCAAUGCCUUUCGAAAUAUCUUGCACGUGACAUUUGGAAUGACAGAUGACAUGAUUAUGGACAGAGUAUUUCGAGGUUUUGAUAAAGACAACGAUGGUAGUAUAAACGUAUCAGAGUGGGUUUAUGGAUUAUCACUGUUUCUUCGAGGAACUUUGGAAGAAAAAAUGAAAUAUUGCUUUGAAGUGUUUGACUUGAAUGGUGAUGGAUUCAUUUCAAAGGAGGAAAUGUUCCAUAUGUUGAAAAACAGCCUUCUCAAACAGCCAUCUGAAGAAGACCCUGAUGAAGGAAUUAAAGAUUUGGUUGAAAUAACACUUAAGAAAAUGGAUCAUGACCAUGAUGGGAAAUUGUCCUUCUCAGACUAUGAACAAGCUGUGAGAGAAGAGACUCUUCUGCUGGAAGCUUUUGGACCAUGCUUACCUGAUCCAAAGAGCCAGAUGGAAUUUGAAGCCCAUGUAUUCAAAGAGCCAAAUGAAUUCAAUGACAUAUGAAUACCACAAUGUUUGUGUUGCCUCAAAUAACCCCCUGAGGCUUGGAGUAAUUGAGAACUCCAGGAUCCUGAAGAAUCUUCAAAUUGCCCCUUUAAGACUGCCUGGUGGUGCUAUGUAAUACCUAUGUUUGUGAGUGAGGCCAUUGACGACUCUGUCCAGGACUCUCUUUUCAUCUGAAACACCUUGGGAUUUUGGAAUUUUCUUUCCUUAGCUGAAGUUUCCAGUUUGGAAGUAAAGCGUCCAUGUUUGGUACCAAUGUCAAUCUUAACCUCAGGUUGGAACCUGUCCUUGCCAAGAGGGAAUAGUAAGUAAUGAGGCUUCAGACUCUAUGACUCCAAGGUCAGCAUGGGGGCAAAAGUGAGACCUGUGUCAGUGAACCACAGAAGCUGAGAUCACUGCUGGUUUAUGAAGAGAAUAGCAGAAGUCCUUCUGGAGGGAGGGAAAAGAGCUGAAUUCCUCAAAUGGACAAGGACAAAGAAUGAUUUGGGUUUUUUUUUUUUUUUUUUGAGCCAUCUUGGGUGGUAUCAGAGAAAGACUUCUAUCUGGACAAGAAAAAGAUGCCCAUGAGGAGAAACCAUGUUAUCAAGCAGCAAAUACAAGAAAUGAUUAUAGAGCGCUUAUUAGGUGGCAGUACUUAGCCCAAGGAUAUACCACUAGGAGACUUGUACCUUGGAUUUGCAGCACAGGCCCCCAAGCUGCCCAUAGCUCUCACCUGGCCUGCUUCUGACUGUCAUGAGCUCUCACCUUGCCUUGCACAGACCACAUGCACUUUGAAAGCCUAACGUAAAUAAAAACAAUUUCGAGAUCAUAGUAUUUAUCACCCAAACUGGGGUAAUAUUGAGAGAGAAAGGAGAUGCUAAUAAUUACAUCAGGACAGCAUAAUUUGGGGUUGUCCCAGACAAAGCAGAAUGUAUGGUCACCCUAUUUAUAGUCUAUAAAAUACUCCAAAA